AUUACAACUCCUGUUCCCAUCCCAUUUCCAUGUGGAAAACUGAACAGUAAACACCACCAGAUUCCUUUCCUCUCACAAAGCAGCCACCUUUAAUAAUAAAAUAAAUAAAAUAUCUGUUAUUAUUAUUACAAUUAAUUAUUAAUUUAUUAUUUUAAACACUUUUUUUUUAUCACAACUUGCUUUGUAUUUGUAUAGACAAAAAAUACAGUGAAUGUCAGAAAAUUAGGGUUGGAGACAUGAGUUUCAGAAAUCAGUGUUGGUGUGAAUCAUGUCAAAAGACAAUUCCUAAUUCAUUAUAUUAGAUUUUUGGCUCUUGUUCAGGUUUUAACGUAUAGCUGAAUUCGAUUAUAUAAAGGAGGGGAAAGGAUUUUUGUAAUGGAAUUGAAGUUAGAAGAAGAUGAAGAUGAGUUUAGAAGCUGUUGUGGAGACGAGGAGGAACUCAAUAGGGAUGAAACGGGGAAACAAGGUUUAAAGAAUGGCAAUGAUGAUGAGUUCUUAGAUGAAUUUUGGAUACGAAUGUUUUUCAAGGGUGUAUCGAUUACAGAUCCUGGAAAUAACGGUUUCAAUGUUUCGGGAAUUGGGGUGGUGAUGGAAAGAGCUGACAAAGUUCCAAUAAUCCAAGUGCAAAAAAAGCUUGAGUUUUUUGUAGAUGAAUCGGUUGCGGAUUAUCUGGCUCUAAUGGAUGGUUUACUAGAAGCUACACGAAAUAACAUUAAAAGGGUCUUUGCAUUCACUGAUUCUGCGACCUUAUUUGAUCAGAUUACAAAAGACGAAACCCUUGAGAAUCCACUUCUCAUAGCAUUAAAGCAACGAAUAUUAGAACAUGUUGAAAAUCUUGAACAUUUUGAUCUAAAAUGUGUUCCUGGUAUUAAUCUUGAGGAGUCAUUACGGCUAGCUCAGGUGGCAGUCGGAAUAGUUCAUCUUCCCAUCAAGGGUGAUUCAUCAGUCAAGACCUGUUCAGUCUGUUGUGAAGACAAACCAACACCCAUGACCAUCACCAUGAAAUGCUCACACAAAUUCUGUUCUUGUUGCAUCAAAGCUUACGUUGAUGAACAAGUUCAGUCCUCUCAGAUUCCUGUCAAAUGCCCUCAUUCAAAUUGCAGAUACUACAUUUCAACACCUGAAUUGAAAUCGUUUCUUCCAGUUGCUUCUUAUGCAUUGUUAGAUGACUCCCUUUCAGAAUCAAAUUUGCAAGCCAAAGAUAAAUUUUACUGUCCGUUUACUGAUUGUGCGGUUCUGCUUGAUCCUUGUUGUGAUUCAAACCAUUCGGACAAUAAUUGUGUGGAGUGUCCUGUAUGCCGAAGAUUUAUAUGUGUGAAAUGUGGCGUCCCUUGGCACUCAUCAGUGAGUUGUGAUGAGUUUCAGGACCUCCCACCACAGGGGAGGGGUAAUGGUGAUGAUUUGGAUAACAGAAGAUGGAGGCAGUGUAGGAUGUGCGAAAGGAUGAUUGAAUUGACGCAUGGUUGCUAUCACAUGACGUGCUGGUGCGGACAUGAGUUUUGUUAUUCUUGUGGUACCGAAUACACUGAGAGUGAGCAAACAUGCGCAUGCACAUUAUUGGAUAGUGAUGAAGGAGGUGAUAACAAUGACUUUAGUCUUACUCAGAACUUCAGUUCCAGCCCUGCACUCGAGGAAUGGGCAUGGGAUUCAUGUGGCACACUUUCAAACUUGAUGGAUGCUUACUCGGAACAAGAAAGAUCACAACUUGCUCUAAUACAGAGAUUCCUUGCUGGCGGGUUUAGUCUUGGUGACCACCAUACAUACACCUACCAAGCCCAGUCCCCUCCACCCCCAUGCACAGAUUCAGAUUCUGCAUAUCUUGAAAACACGAUGAAGGACCUCCAUCAGCUUCCUUGGCUGGAGAGGUUUGUAUCUGUCAUUGAUGAUAAUUAUUAUGAUCAGUAUACUCAGUGAAGCAUAUUUAACAUUCGGAAAUAGAUAAAAGAAACAAAUAGUGUUGGAUGGAGGACAUGGAGAAUCUCAUUCUGUCUCUCUGUAAUCCAUAUUCUAUCAUAGCCAUAGAGUGUAGUUAAAUUCACCAUUCUGAUCUUCCUCUUGAAGAUCAUAUUUAUCUUCACUUUCUGAGUUUCUGUAUACAACAUUGUUCAUCGUGGUCUCUUUCUUUUUCAAAUGAAAGAAUAGAUGACAAGAACAUUUGCCAAUAAAAUGAAACCGUAAUCUAUGUGCUACGGAUUCUUGCCAAUUUGGCA